AUGUUCUCCCGCGCAGUAUCGACAACAGCUCGCCGAGCUCUUACCUCGGCACGGCCUUUGGUCACCCGCCAGCACCAAAUCGUUAACCCCAUCGCAAAUGUUGCCCGACGAUCAUACCACGAGAAGGUUUUGGACCACUACAGCCGCCCCCGCAAUGUCGGCAGCAUGUCAAAGAUGGACGUCAACGUGGGCACCGGUCUCGUGGGCGCACCGGCAUGCGGCGACGUCAUGAAGCUGCAAAUUCGCGUCGACCCCGAGAAUAACACCAUUGCCGACGUCAAGUUCAAGACAUUCGGGUGUGGCAGUGCGAUUGCGAGUUCGAGCUAUCUGACCGAGCUGGUUCGCGGCAUGACUCUGGAGGAGGCGGGCAGGAUCAAGAACACAGAGAUUGCCAAGGAACUUUGCUUACCCCCGGUCAAAUUGCACUGCUCCAUGCUGGCUGAGGAUGCCAUCAAGUCCGCCAUUUCCAACUACUACACCAAGAAUCCCAACGCAAAGAAGACGAAUCUCGCGGGUACUGGACAGUCGCUGUCCAUUGGCGACACUGCUGCUGCAACUGCUGCCGCUGCUGCAUGA